UCCAUCCGAAGGAAGGAAAGAGGAGGAGGAGGAGGCUCUGCUCAGCGAUGGCGGCGGCCGGGAGCCCUUAAAGCGACGGCGGCGCUCCCCUCAGGCCUCCUUUCCCUCUCGGCUGCGUCUUGUUUUUAACCCUUGCUCCCUUCUCUUGUGGGAGGCUAGGCUUCCGAGGGAGGGAGGCCAGAAGCCGUACGGAGGGAGAAGGGAGACAACCAAGGGCCCUUGCUGCUGCUGCUGCUGCUAAUCCUUCAUUUCCCUUCCUCCUCCUUCUCUUCUAGGCCCUGGAACCCGCUUUUUCGGCUGCCUCAGGUAAUGUAGCGGGGAAAAUGAACUUCAGAACACAGUAGAACAAGAUCUAUGUGAAAUUCCUGAACUCCAAGAACGUGGACCCUCUCAAGUGGACAUUUUAUAUCCAGCUUGCAAACUGGAAGAACUUUUAUUUAUAUUUUAUCUUGGUGAAUAUUUACAAUGAAUGGGCACAGCGAUGAAGAAAGUGCAAGGAACAGUAGCGGAGAAUCAAGCCAGUCAGAUGAUGAUUCUGGUUCAGCAUCAGGUUCUGGAUCUGGUUCAAGUUCUGGAAGCAGUAGCGAUGGAAGUAGCAGCCAGUCGGGAAGCAGUGAUUCAGACUCUGGUUCAGAGUCUGGCAGUCAAUCAGAUUCAGAGUCUGACACAUCUAAGGAGAAGAAAGUGCAAGCAAAACCUCCAAAGGUUGAUGGAGCUGAGUUUUGGAAAUCAAACCCAAGUAUUCUGGCUGUACAAAGAUCUGCAAUGCUUAGGAAGCAGCAGCAGCAACAGCAGUCAAAAGCAGCAUCCUCAAAUAGUGGCUCAGAAGAGGACUCAUCAAGUAGUGAAGACUCUGCAGAUGACUCAUCCAAUGAAAUCAAGAGAAAGAAGCAUAAAGAUGAAGACUGGCAAAUGUCUGGAUCAGGAUCUGUCUCUGGAACUGCUUCAGAUUCUGAUUUGGAAGAAAGCCGAGAUAAAAGUAGUUGUGAGGAGAGUGAAUCUGACUAUGAACCAAAAAUCAAAGUUAAAAGCAGGAAGCCUCCAAGCAGGUCUUCUUCACAAAUGGGAAGAAAAUUGGAGGACUAAAAAAAAAGACAACUUGAAUCAUCAUCGUCAUCAGAUGAUGAUUAUGAUAAAAGAGGAUCUCGCCGUCAGGCAACUGUAAAUAUUAGUUACAAAGAAGCAGAAGAAGCAAAGACAGAUUCAGAUGAUCUACUGGAAGUCUGUGGAGAAGAUGUCCCACAACCUGAAGAAGAUGAAUUUGAAACUAUUGAAAAAUUUAUGGAUAGCCGGAUUGGACGAAAAGGAGCAACUGGUGCUACAACUACUAUUUAUGCAGUUGAAGCCGAUGGAGAUCCAAAUGCAGGAUUUGAUAAAUCAAAAGAACCUAGUGAUGUGCAGUAUUUGAUUAAAUGGAAAGGUUGGUCCCACAUCCAUAACACUUGGGAAACUGAAGAUACUCUGAAACAGCAGAAUGUUAGAGGAAUGAAGAAGCUGGACAACUACAAGAAAAAGGAUCAGGAGACCAAACGAUGGUUGAAAAAUGCUUCUCCGGAAGAUGUGGAAUAUUAUAACUGCCAGCAAGAACUCACAGAUGACUUACAUAAACAAUAUCAAAUAGUAGAGCGAAUAAUUGCUCAUUCUAAUCAGAAGUCAGCAGCAGGUUAUCCAGAUUAUUACUGUAAAUGGCAAGGCCUUCCUUAUUCAGAGUGCAGCUGGGAAGAUGGUGCUCUCAUUGCAAAAAAGUUUCAGUCACGCAUUGAUGAAUAUUUUAGUAGAAAUCAGUCCAAGACUACUCCUUUUAAAGACUGCAAGGUUCUAAAACAGAGGCCAAGAUUUGUGGCCCUAAAGAAACAACCAUCUUAUAUUGGAGGGCAAGAAAGUCUGGAGCUAAGAGAUUAUCAAUUAAAUGGAUUAAAUUGGUUAGCUCACUCAUGGUGCAAGAGCAAUAGUUGCAUUCUUGCAGAUGAAAUGGGAUUGGGUAAAACAAUACAAACUAUCUCAUUUCUGAAUUACUUGUUCCAUGAACAUCAAUUGUAUGGACCUUUUUUGCUGGUAGUACCACUUUCCACUUUGACAUCAUGGCAAAGAGAAAUCCAGACGUGGGCUCCCCAGAUGAAUGCUGUAGUUUAUUUGGGAGAUAUUACAAGCAGAAAUGUGAUAAGAACACAUGAAUGGAUGCAUCCACAGACCAAACGGUUAAAAUUUAACAUCCUGCUGACAACUUACGAAAUUUUGCUAAAGGAUAAGUCAUUCCUUGGUGGCUUGAACUGGGCCUUUAUAGGAGUAGAUGAAGCCCAUCGACUAAAAAAUGAUGAUUCCCUCCUGUAUAAGACAUUAAUAGACUUCAAGUCCAAUCAUCGCCUUCUUAUCACUGGAACACCUCUGCAAAACUCCUUGAAAGAGCUCUGGUCCCUACUGCACUUCAUCAUGCCAGAAAAGUUUUCUUCUUGGGAGGAUUUUGAAGAGGAACAUGGGAAAGGAAGGGAAUUUGGCUAUGCCAGUCUUCAUAAAGAACUUGAGCCAUUUCUUCUGAGGAGAGUUAAGAAAGAUGUUGAAAAAUCUCUGCCUGCCAAGGUUGAACAAAUUUUAAGAAUGGAAAUGAGUGCAUUGCAAAAGCAAUAUUACAAGUGGAUUUUAACUAGGAAUUACAAAGCCCUAAGCAAAGGUUCUAAGGGCAGUACCUCAGGCUUUCUGAAUAUUAUGAUGGAACUCAAGAAGUGUUGUAAUCAUUGCUACCUCAUUAAACCACCAGAUGAUAAUGAAUUCUAUAAUAAACAGGAGGCCUUACAGAAUUUAAUCCGAAGUAGUGGGAAGCUAAUUUUGUUAGACAAGCUGCUCAUUCGCUUACGAGAACGUGGCAACCGAGUGCUUAUAUUUUCUCAGAUGGUUCGGAUGCUGGACAUCCUAGCCGAAUAUUUGAAAUACCGUCAGUUUCCCUUUCAAAGACUAGAUGGGUCAAUAAAAGGAGAACUGCGGAAGCAAGCACUGGAUCAUUUUAAUGCAGAAGGUUCUGAGGAUUUCUGCUUUUUACUGUCUACCAGAGCUGGAGGUCUGGGUAUAAACUUGGCAUCUGCUGAUACCGUAGUUAUAUUUGAUUCUGACUGGAAUCCUCAGAAUGAUCUGCAAGCCCAAGCUAGAGCUCAUAGAAUUGGACAAAAGAAGCAGGUUAACAUUUAUCGUCUAGUCACUAAAGGAUCAGUAGAGGAAGAGAUCUUGGAAAGAGCCAAAAAGAAGAUGGUUUUAGAUCAUCUAGUCAUUCAGAGGAUGGACACUACAGGAAAGACAGUGUUGCAUACUGGUUCUGCACCUUCCAGCUCUGCUCCUUUUAAUAAAGAAGAACUGUCAGCUAUAUUAAAAUUUGGUGCUGAGGAACUUUUUAAGGAACCAGAAGGUGAAGAACAAGAGCCACAGGAAAUGGACAUAGAUGAAAUUUUGAAGAGGGCUGAAACAAGGGAAAAUGAAACUGGUCCAUUAAGUGUGGGAGAUGAAUUGCUUUCUCAAUUUAAGGUGGCUAAUUUCUCCAAUAUGGAUGAAGAUGACAUUGAAUUGGAGCCUGAACAGAACUCAAGAAACUGGGAAGAAAUUAUUCCAGAAGUGCACAGGCGCAGAUUAGAAGAAGAGGAAAGGCAAAAGGAAUUGGAAGAAAUUUAUUUACUUCCACGCAUGAGAAACUGUGCAAAACAGGUCAGCUUUAAUGGAAGUGAAGGAAGACGUUCUAGGAACAGAAGAUAUUCUGGAUCAGACAGUGAUUCUAUAUCAGAAAGGAAACGACCCAAAAAACGUGGAAGACCACGGACUAUUCCACGGGAAAACAUUAAAGGAUUUAGUGAUGCAGAAAUUCGAAGGUUUAUAAAGAGUUACAAGAAAUUUGGGGGCCCUCUUGAAAGGUUAGAUGCCAUAGCUAGAGAUGCAGAGCUAGUGGAUAAAUCUGAGAUAGACCUCAGACGGCUUGGAGAACUGGUACAUAAUGGAUGCAUCAAAGCUCUAAAAGACAGUUCACCUGGACAGGAGAGAGCAGGGGGCAGACUUGGAAAAGUUAAAGGCCCAACAUUCAGAAUAUCAGGAGUGCAAGUAAAUGCCAAACUAGUCAUGGCCCAUGAAGAAGAGCUAUCACCAUUGCAUAAAUCCAUUCCUUCAGAUCCAGAGGACAGGAAGAGGUACACCAUUCCUUGUCACACUAAGGCUGCUCAUUUUGAUAUGGACUGGGGCAAGGAAGAUGAUUCCAAUCUUCUAAUUGGCAUCUAUGAAUAUGGAUAUGGUAGCUGGGAAAUGAUAAAAAUGGACCCAGAUCUCAAUUUAACACACAAGAUUCUACCAGAUGAUCCAGAUAAGAAACCCCAAGCCAAGCAGUUGCAGACCCGUGCAGACUACCUCAUAAAAUUACUAAAUAAGGAUCUUGCAAGAAAGGAGGCCCAAAAACUUUCUGGGGCAGGAGGUUCAAAGAGAAGGAAAAUGAGAGCCAAGAAGAGCAAGACCAUAAAAGCCGCAAAAAUAAAAGAGGAGACAAAAAGUGAUACAUCACCAGCUCCUUCAGAUAAGUCUGAAGAAGAGGAAGAUGAGGAUAGCAAGGACGAAAUUGUUUCUGUGAAACAUUCAAAUAAAAAGGUAAAAGAAAAAGAAAAUGAAGAAAACCUUGAUUCAGAUCUCACUAUGAAAAAGGAGACCGAUGAGAAAAGAGAGGCUAAAGAAAACAAGAGAGAACCUAAAAGAGAGAAAAAAGAAAAAGAGGACAAGAAAGAGUUGAGGGAAAAAGACAUAAAAGAGAAGAGGGAAAACAAACAAAAAGAAUAUAUACAGAGAGAAAAAGAAGUGAAAGAAGAAAAGACAAAUGACAUCAAGCAUGACAGCAAGGAGAAAAGCAAGAAAGCUCCUUCAUCAGAUAUUCCUGUCCAUAUAACAGCAAGUAGUGAACCAGUUCCUAUAUCUGAAGAAUCUGAGGAGCUGGAUCAGAAGACAUUUAGUAUAUGCAAAGAAAGAAUGAGGCCUGUCAAAGCAGCAUUGAAGCAGCUGGAUAGGCCUGAGAAAGGUCUGUCAGAAAGGGAGCAACUGGAACAUACUAGACAGUGUCUUAUCAAAAUAGGAGAUCACAUAACUGAGUGUCUAAAGGAAUACACAAAUCCUGAACAAAUCAAACAGUGGAGAAAAAAUCUCUGGAUAUUUGUUUCCAAAUUUACAGAAUUUGAUGCCAGAAAAUUACAUAAAUUGUACAAACAUGCAAUUAAAAAACGCCAAGAAACUCAGCAGCAUAAUGACCAGAAUGUCAGCAGCAGUAUUAACACACAUUUUAUCAGAAAUCCAGAUGUGGAACGGCUGAAAGAUAACACAAAUCAUGAUGAAAGUAGCAGAGACAGUUACUCAUCUGAUAGGCACUUACCACAGUACCAUGAUCAUCACAAGGACAGACUUCAUGGAGACUCUUACAAAAAAGGUGAUUCAAGGAAAAGGUCUUAUUCCACCUUCAGCAAUGGGAAAGAUCAUAGGGACUGGGAUCAUUAUAAACCGGAUAACAGAUACUACAGUGAUGGUAAACAUAGAAAACUAGAUGAGCACAGGAAUAGAGAUCACAGGUCAAGCCUGGAAGGAAGUUUAAAAGACAGUCGAUUGCACUCAGAUCAUCGACUACCCUUAGAUCACCGGUCCAGUUCAGACUACAGUCAUCAUAAAUCUUCAAGAGAUUAUAGGUAUCAUUCAGACUGGCAAAUGGACCACAGAGCUUCCAGUAGUGGCCCCAGGUCACCGUAUGAUUCACGAUCUCCAUUGGGACACAGAUCUCCAUUUGAACAUUCAGCAGAUCACAAAAGUACACCAGAACAUAUGUGGAGCAGCCGAAAAACAUAGCAAAGACUAACAUUUCCUGAACUUUUUUUAGCCAUAUACACAAUAAACUAACACAGCAGUUGCCUUACAUGACUUGAAAGACAUGGACCGGAUGUGCUAUGAGUAGCAGUAUUGUUAUUACUUUCCAAUAUACUAGGUUUGUUCUCCCAACAGAAGAGGAAAUAUUUUUGUAUUUAAAGUUUUAAUGCUGCACUGUGCUGCAAAUGUUGUAGCACAUUUUUUUUAAGAAAUAAAAGAUGUUUACUUUUUACAGGGACCUCAACACUGCCCCACUCAGACUGGAUCUUAAUCUAAACUCCUUGUCAAAGUGGUUUUAUCCUGAACACAAUUUAAAUUAUGUUUGUAGAUGAUCAUUCAAAUGUUAAUCUGUGAUCAUAUUUCAGGAAAGAAUCGAGAGGAUUUUUUUAAAAAAUAAAAAUAAAAAAUAAAAUAAGGAUUCAAAUA